AUGGGCGGCAUGCUUUCUGGACUGGAUCAGAGGGUCAUCUCUGGUGCCUUGUUGUACAUGCCAGAUGAAUUGCACCUCAGCACUUCUCAGGCGAGCUUGACCAGGUCCGCAGUCCCACUAAGUGCCACCGGUGGUGCUGUGAUGCUCGGUCCAAUCAAUGAGUGCGUUGCUGGAGCUAUCAAUUUUGGCAUGAUUGUUGCGCAAGGGUCAUUCUCGGAAUGGGGCUGGGGCCUCGAAGGAGACAUGGUGCCUGUUUACGUCACUAAGCCGGUCGAAAGGAGACAUCAGAGCAACAUGGUCAGUCUUUACCGGUUCGUGAUUGCUUUUGGUGAAGUCGUUGGAUAUGUGGUCGCAGCAGUCUUCGCGACAUCCCCUCUGGAUCCUGGAGAUAUGCACGACUCUUGGUUGGUGUUUCGCAUCAUAAUGCUCAUCGGAAUAGUAUUCAUGCCCGAAUCGUCUCGUAUGGCGAAGGACAAGGGCAAGACUCUCGAAGCAUUUAGGGUGUGGAACACAUUCAAGGGCUGGAGAACACCGAAGAUCGAAAGGAAUUCUCCAUCAUGCAUGAUCAUUGCCCUGGAACAGUUAACCAGCAUCAACGCCAUCAUGUACAACAUGUCGACAUUGACAUCUCAAAUCGGCUUCGACCGAAAACAAUCAGUCUUUAUGUUUCGGGUGGAUGGUGAGCCCCUUUUCCUGGGAAUAAUCGGCCGUCGAUUCGGGCCAACAUGA